CCCCCCCCCAAACCCCCCCACGGGUGAACCCCUGAUCGUCCAGCGCAGGGCCGGGGGAGGAGCGGGCUGCGGCUCUUCCCCCGGCUGAUGCAGCGCCGGACGGUCCCGCCUUCCCGGUCUCCUGCAUCUCCUAGUCCCGUCCCCGGGCUUCCCGACCUUCCUCUUCCUCCUUUGUCCUUCCUGUCUCUCCUCCCCCAUGUCUGCAUCCCUGGAAGGAGGAGGGGGAAGGCCCGGGUCUCCCCGAGAUGGCCUGGACACCGGAGUGGCCCCCCAAGUCGGGGCCGGACAGCCGGGAGAUGGCUCAGGUGCCGGUGACGUUCGAGGACGUGGCCGUCUAUUUCUCGCGGGAGGAGUGGGCGGCGCUGGACGGGCGGCAGAAGGAGCUCUACCGGGACGUGAUGCGGGGCAACUACGAGCUGGUGGCUUCGCUGGGGUGUCCUGCUGCCAAACCUGAUCUCAUCUGUCAAAUCGAACGGGACGAAGAGCUGGGGGUAGGAGAGCCGCAAGGUCGCCCGGUACGGAGGCAGCCCCAGAGACGCUCCUCAGGUGGCGGUGCCCGGGUUCAAAGGGAGGACCGCUUAGGUGCCGGAAGCGACGCCGACGCCCCGGCAUCCCGGGUCUCGGUGAGGACUCCGGGUUGGGCGACAAGAAGGAAACCCCCCACGGAACAGAAGCUCCCUGGAGGAAAUCUGGCUGAGAAACCCCCCGGCGGGACCCUCCGGGGCCUCCCCUCGAGAAAGAAGCCCCCGACCUGCCCGGAGUGCGACAAGAGCUUUAAGAGCAACACGGCGCUGACCAUCCACGAGCGGAGUCACACCGGGGAGCGGCCCUUCAAGUGCCCCGACUGCGGGAAGGGCUUCCCCUCCAAGGGGGAUCUGAAACGGCACCAGAAAACCCACGUGGGGGAGCGGGCCGCCCGGCCGGGGAGGGAGCCCCCUCCGAAGCCCCUUCCCGCCAGGCCCCACAGGGGCCACCCGGCCCCCAGGAAGGCCCACACCUGCCCCCGGUGUGAGAAAACCUUCCGCAAGGGCCGCGACCUCACGAAGCACCAGAGGAGCCACACGGCCGAGAGGCCCUUCGCCUGCCUUCAGUGCGGGAGCCGCUUCCGGCUGAAGCAGAUCCUCGUGUCCCACCAGAGGAUCCACGGCGGGGAGAGGCCCUUCCACUGCGGGGACUGCGGGAAGACCUUCGGCCAGAAGCACCACCUGCUCAGCCACCGGCGCACCCACACCGGCGAGCGGCCCUUCUCCUGCGUCCAGUGCGGCCACAGCUUCAGCCAGAAGCACCACCUGGUCAGCCACCGGCGCAUCCACACCGGUGAGCGGCCCUUCCCCUGCCCCGACUGCGGCAAGAGGUUCAAGGACAAGAAGACCCUGAUCAUCCACGGGAGGGUCCACAGCGGCGAGCGGCCCUACUCCUGUGCCCAGUGCGGGAAGACCUGCAGCCAGAAGCAGCACCUCAAGAGCCACCUGCGGACCCACCAGGGUCCCGGGGCGGGGGCCGGGGAGCGGGAGGGCCGAGCCCCGGCCCAGCACAGACUGCGCCCGGAGAAACCCCAUAAAUGCGGCAAGUGCGAGAAGAGCUUCCGGGAUGAGAGGAUCAUGUUGGCCCACCGGGGGACGCACGCCGAGGAGACCCCGCCGGAACGCUGGCCCGGGGUCCGCCAAAAGCGGCCCCCCGCUCUUGCCCCCUCGGCCCAUCUGAGGCAGGCGGAGGCCAGGGGCCCGUCGGGGAGACUCGUUGGAAGCCCCGCGCCGUCCUGAGCGCUUGGGAGAGGACGAUGGCGGCAGCCGGCCGCAGUAGCGCGGCCCGGUGGGUAGAGCGUGGGCCCGGGCCUCGGCCCCACGUGGGACAGGGACCGUGUCCGACCCGAUUUGCUUGUA